UGCACACGGCGGCGCGCGUAUUAUUACAAUAUAUAUGCAGUUACGCACUUGUAGCUUUAAGCCCGCCGACGAUCCCGACGCUCACUUCUGUCCAAGUCGCUUGCCCGCAAUCACGGUCCGUCGCAGCAGUAUAUAUUUUCGCCCGGAGGUGCCCACGAAUAAAUAAUUCAAAAAAUAUAAAAUGGAGUUCAAAGAAUUCAAAGAAUUUUCAUCAGACAUGGUUGAUUACGUGGGAAAUUAUUUAGAAAACAUUCGAGAUCGGAAAGUAUUGUCAUCGGUAAAACCUGGUUACCUAAGACCACUUUUACCAACUGAGGCGCCCAACGAUCCUGAAAAUUGGAAAGAUGUGAUGUCAGACGUCGAAAAACUGAUUAUGCCAGGGGUUACUCAUUGGCAUUCUCCGAGAUUUCACGCUUAUUUCCCCACUGCAAACAGCUACCCGGCCAUUGUCGCUGACAUACUGAGCGAUUCAAUUGCUUGCAUAGGAUUUUCAUGGAUAUCAAGCCCAGCAUGUACCGAACUGGAAGUAGUCAUGAUGGAUUGGUUGGCUAAAAUGAUAGGCUUGCCAGAAAUCUUCUUAGCCUCUGCAGGCCUGGGAGGAGGUGGAAUAAUUCAGGGCACGGCCAGUGAAGCCACUUUGGUGGCGUUGCUGGGCGCCAAGGCGCGGAUGCUGCAGAUCAUGAAACAGGCGGAUCCGACUCUGGCGGACGUGGACAUCGUGCCUAAACUGGUCGCGUACUCGUCCGCGCUGUCCCAUUCGUCCGUGGAGCGCGCUGGCCUGCUAGGCGGCGUAUUGCUUCGCGCCCUGGACACGGACAGCGAGCACAAACUUCGCGGCGAUACGUUGCGUGACGCCAUCGCCAAGGACCGUGCGGACGGCCUGGUCCCGUUCUUUGUGGUGGCGACCCUGGGCACCACCAGCUGCUGUUCGUUCGAUCGCCUGGACGAGAUCGCCGAGGUGGGCAACGCCGAGAACAUUUGGGUGCACGUGGACGCCGCGUACGCUGGAUCUUCAUUUGUUUGCCCAGAAUAUCGCCAUUAUAUGAAAGGAAUAGAAUUAGUCGAUUCAUUCAAUUUCAAUCCUCAUAAGUGGCUUCAAGUUACUUUUGAUUGUUCAGCAAUGUGGCUAAGAAAUCCAAAUUACGUGAUAAAUGCUUUCAACGUAGAUCCUCUUUACUUGAAACACGAACUUGAGGGACAAAUGCCGGAUUACAGACACUGGCAAAUACCGUUGGGCCGACGUUUUCGUUCGUUAAAAAUGUGGUUUGUGUUUCGUCUAAUUGGUGUUGCAAACCUUCAAAAGUCCAUCAGAAAAGAUAUAAAUCUUGCGCUUGAAUUUGCCAAACGGUUGGAAAACGACUCUAAGUAUGAACUUUUCAAUGAAGUCACUAUGGGAUUGGUGUGCUUCAGAAUUAAGGGAUCCAACGAACUCAACGAAGCGUUAUUGAAAGAGAUAAAUGAACGAGGCAAAGUGUAUAUGGUCCCAUCAAAAGUCAAAGGAUCCUUUUUUUUGCGUAUGGCUAUUUGCUCGAGGUACACACAGAUUGAAGAUAUCGACGUGACAUGGAACGAAGUUAACGAAGCCGGAAAAACCGUUUUGAGUAAACAAUAGAAUUCCUUUAUUCAGAAUUAAGAUUAAAGCUAUAAUAGCUGCAUUUAAAUCUGUUCUAUAUUAAACGUUGAACAAGAAUGAUUUUUAAAACCAGUAUCGAAAAAUAUAUAUAACGUAUCAUUAACACUUAUAAAACAAAAUCAAAUAAUUAUACUCAUACAAAAAAAACAGGAUUUUACUGCAAUAGAUAAGUAUCUAUUUACAAAACAUUUUAAUCAAUAUUGUUAUUUUACUAUUUUUAAAGUCAUAGCAUUACGUAUUUAUCUUAAUUAAGUGUAAAAACAUAAACUAUUAUUGUAUUGUUGCAACAAUAGCAAAUACAUUUUAAAUUAGGUUAUUAUAUAUUUAUUAUAAAAAUAUUAAACAUUGAUAAAAUUGUAUUAUUAUAAAAAUAUACCUACUGUAAACUUUUUAGAUUAAUCUUUCCGUUAUAUUUUCUAAGAUAUUUCAUACACUAAGCUUGUUAAGUUUAUAUUAUUAUUUAUUUAUUUUAGAGUUACAUUUCAGGUCAAAAAUAUAAUACUUACACUAUUGUUACUAAUUAUUAUUAUACCACAUUUAUAUAUUUAGAACGGAAAUAGCUUAAUUAGCAUCCGUACUUAGGUCAUAUUAUAUGAAGGUACAAAAUACUUGUAUUGCUUACCAUGUAUAUUUGUUGAACGCGAUUUAAAACACUAUUCAGUGUUAUAAUUUAUGAUAAACAGUUAAUGUUAGUGCUUAUAUAUUGUAAUAAAAAAAAUAACUUCAAUAAAUUGAAAUAUAUUAUAUAAAUAUUUAUUAGAUAUUUUAGAUCAAAUAAUAUGGUAGGUAGGUAUAUGCCUAGUAAAAAUAGGUAUAGAAGUAUGUAAUAAUACACACACACUCACACACAUAUAUACAUAACUUAUGUAACAUAAGUAUAUUUAAAUAAUUUAUUAUUAUUAAAAAUUUUCAGUAUUAUCAAUUAAUA